ACCAGAGACCAGAAUAAGAUGCUCAAGUGGGCCGUCAACCAGCCGCGACCCUCGUACAUGGAGGAGACCACAGCCACGCCAAUGGGCAGGGGAACUCGAACUGGAACUGCAGCAGGAGUGGAAGUGGAAGUGGGAGUGGUAGCGGGAGCAGAGGCAAGCAGCUACAGCGAGUUCCAUGCGCUGCGGGGAAAGCUCAAGCGGAAGUCCCUCUGCCUGGCCCUCGCCCACGGACAGGGGAAGGAGAACCAGCUGACCUCGACGCCACUGCCCGCCAGCUCCCUGUCCAUGCAACCACGGACACCGCUGCUCAAGGACCUCAGCAACAUCAUGUCCUCGCCCCUGACUACACCCACGCCCACACUCCGCCCACCCGCAGCGGCAGCAGCAGCAGCACCCUCCGCCUACGCCUCCACGCUGCCGACCUUCGAGGCGGAGUACUCCCCGAGUGCGGCCAUCAUCCCGGGUCCCCUGCUCGCACUCCGCGGCAUGGGCAUCCCCGACAGCUACUUCGAGAAGCCGCGCUACCUGGAGCAGAAGCCCCUGCCACUGCCACUGCCCCUGCCUCUGCCCCAAGCCUCUGCCAUGAAGAGCGGCCAGACAACGCUCAGCUCCACCCAGAUGGGAGACGUGACCCUGGAGCGGAUGAUCGAUGCCAUUCUGGAGAGCACCCGCAAGGCGCCGGCCACCAGGCAGCAGCGACGUCUGCGCCAGCGACACAGACACCACCCCCUGAGCAGCACCGCAUCCGCCGACGCCGCCACCCACUCGCCCACCUACCGACCCGCCUUCGACCCAGCCAGCGACCUCUGCGAGUACUGGAAGUCACCCCACGCGAGUGGCUACGAGGAGCGGGAGGUGCGCUCGCCCCAGCCGGCGGCGGAGCUGCCAGCUACCGUCGAGAGCCAGUCCCAGGGGAAGAGGCGAUCACUGCAGCUGCGGAGGCAGCGCGUGGUGCGGCGCAAGCGGAAGAUCGCCACCAGAAUCUCCUCCAGCGUUCGGCAGUCGGCCCAGAAACUCAUGGCUGCGGCUCGCUCCGGCCAGAAGAUCCGCCACAUCAGCCCCGACAGCGGCCACAACUCGACCAGCGACUGCGAGCUGGACGAGGAGCAUUCCAUUCCCAUUCUGGCAAUGGGACUGGGAUUGGGCGGCGAGGAGCUGGAGGCCUCGUGCCAGCUGGAUGCCAUGUGGCUGCAGGCGCAGGCGCAGGUCAGGGACGCCACCAAGAGGCGCCUCAGCUUCUCCAUGUCGGAGGCCAGCUGAGGGUCUUCUUCUGGGACAUUCCAACUAUUUUUUGAUAACUUUUUUUUUAUAGCCGUAAAACAUUUUUUUUGUCGUAUAAUUAUUAUAAGGAAUAAAUCAUUUUUGU